GAAUAUGACAAUCAAUUAUCACUCUUUUAUAUAACAAGCUUAAAGGCAAGGCAUCAUCUUGUUGUAAUCAUGCAUGAAUAAACUCGUAAUAGCUGAUGCUUAAUAGUAAUUAAGCUCUAUCAAAUGUAAUUCAACUCAAUGGCUAGCAAGGCAUUAUCUUGUUCUUCAACUCUAGUUUCAUGUAACCGGGCCUCUUUCGGGCAAUUAUUCAAAGGGUUGGGCCAACGUUCAAAUUUGUUCUUAGCAUCAUCAAAGAAACCUUUUUCUUCUUUGGUUGUGAAUGUUCAACAACAACAUGGAGGUGGAAGGAUGAUUGAUCCCCCAGGUUUUAAGUCUAGUGAACAUUUCCAUAAAAUGGUUGAAUCACUUGAUUCUUCUCCUUAUGAUAAGUACUCCACUCCUUCAACUGCUAAGCUUUCUUACUUAGUGCGUACAACAUGGAAUACAAGUGAGGACGAGAACGAGAUCAGCAUGUCAUUCGAAAUGAGAGGGAAAUACAAAGCAGAAAACAUACGAGUUAGGGUUGCAGAUGACAUGCUUUUCAUAUGUGUAGAUCAAGAAGGAUUUGAUUCAGAUGGAAACAACAUAAAAAGUAGUUGUUAUGAUAGUCAGAUUCAAUUGCCUUCAAACAGUAGGAAGGAAGAUAUUACUGCUGUUUUUAAAAACAGUGUGCUUUAUAUUUGUGUCCCUAAGAUUACCAAAUCUCAUCAUAAACUUGUGCAUAUUCCUGUCACUAAUGUUUAUUAAUUAAUCUUGUGCACUCUGGAUUUGUAAUGGAAUAUAUGCCUGGU